CUAGCAAGAGAAAUAAGAUCUAGACAGUUUGAAUUCUGUGGUUGUUUGUCGUAAUGAUGGCAGUUGAUUCCUCAUCAAUUAAAGAGCUUUAAAGAUUGAUUUCUCUCUAGUAAAAAAUAAAAAGUGUAUCAGGUGAUUAGUAACGUGAUAUGUCAGAUAAUUAUAAAAUGUCUGUUGCUGAAUUCUUAAAGGGUUUACCUUCACACAAUGAAAACAACUUUGCCAAUUUUCACACAGAUAGUGGAAACAGAACUUGUGUAAAAAAACCUUCAGUUUAUCUUCCUACAAAAGACCAUCCUUCAGAACAAAUUAUAGUAACAGAAAAAACAACUAUAUUGUUAAGGUAUCUUCACCAACACUGGGAUAAAAAUCAUGCUGAUAGAAAACGUGACAUUUUGUCUGCUAAUGGUGACUCUGAAGAUGAUGCUGCUACAGUUCACAGCAAGAGGCCACGUCUUGAUUUGAAUAGUAGUCUUUAAAAUGCAUCUUGGUUAUAAUUUUCAUUAUUUGAUGAACUACAUUUCCAUUAUUCAUUAAAUUCUAUUGUCUAUUAUAUUACGUGAUUUUUAAAUAUCGAAGAUGCAUCUGCAAUGCAAAAAAAUUAUUCAAUAUGCAGAAAAAGUUCAUACAUAAAACCAGGUUUGGGUUCAAUUUUGAUAUAUAAUUUGAGUUAAAUAUUAUGUGAAAUAUCAAAAAUAUGGAAAGAAACGUUUUUAAGUAACGUUUCUUUAGAUACGUGAGAUGUAUAUGGUACUUGUUUUAUACUACAUUGCAUGCAUAAAGUUAAAUUGGAAAAAAUUCGUAUCUAGCACAUUAAAUAAUAAUUGCUGUAUACUGCACAAUAUGUAUAAAUGAAUGUGUUCAUUGACAAAAAUUAACUAAAGGUAACACCUGUAUAUUACAAGGAAAGAACUAUUAAGUUUUUUUUAUUUUAAAUCGUAAUAGAGCAUCACUAAAUAAUUUUGUGUACUUUUAUGAACGCAUGUUUCAAAUCUGUCUUACAUAUUUAACGAUAAGUUUUCAAUAUACAUCUAAUUUACAAGAAAAAUAUGUAUGUGAUUUUUUAUUCUAUAAGUGUGAAAUCAAAUUCUUUUUUCUUGUAGUAUUAUCAUAUCAAAAUGUAGAUAAGAAUUUAACUAAAAAAAAACCUUGGUAAUAUGUAUGUAUAUAUUUACGCCCAUAAAUCUAUGGAAGUAUUAAUAAACUUGAUGCAAAUAAGUAUUAAAGUUUGAUGCAAGUACGUUAUGCAUUACAUAAUAAAGAAAACAUGUUAA